CAAUAACAUUAUACAUUGAAUCCUACCGCUUUCAAAUUUUUAUUAAUUAAUGAAUAAUUUAUCUAUUUAUGAUUUAUUGAGUUCCGACCGAAUUUACUGAAUAAAUUUUACAUUAUAAUCCGGUAUUCGUGUAAUUUUAAAUUAAAAUGAAUCCUAUGACCAACGUGAAAAAUGUUUUAAAGUUAAGUGAACGUGAAUUAGCUGCAAAUUCUAAGAGUUCCUGGCAUGAUCAAUAUAAAGAUAGUGCUUGGAUAUUUGUCGGAGGUUUGCCAUAUGAUCUUACAGAAGGAGAUAUUAUUUGUGUAUUUUCACAAUAUGGAGAAAUAGUAAACAUAAAUUUAGUUCGAGACAAAGCUACUGGUAAAUCAAGAGGAUUUUCUUUUAUAUGCUAUGAAGAUCAACGUUCCACCAUUUUAGCUGUUGAUAAUUUAAAUGGAAUUAAGAUUCUGGGGCGUACAAUUCGUGUUGACCACUGUGAACAAUACAGGGCUCCUAAUGCUGAUAUGAGUAAAAUUGACGAAUUGACUGCUGCUAUCAGAACAGAAGGUUGUGCCCCAAACAUUCCUGCUGUAAAACCAGAAGUACUACCACUACCAAUAAUUAAAAAAGAGAAAGAAAGCAAGGAAAGGAGAAAAAAAGACAAGAAAAGUAAAAAGAAGAAGAAAAAGAAAGGCAGAAGUUCUGAUUCUUCUGAUUAGGAAUGUAAUAACUAUGGUACAUAUUAAAAAUAUUACAUA